GCAUUAUCCGUCCGUUACUACGCUUCCAUUCCGCUAAACCCCCGCAUCGCCUUCUUCCGCCGCUCCGGCCAUGGAAGCCUUCGCCGCCGCCCCCGCGGCCGGCGUCUUCGCGGCCUCCGGCUCCGCCGCGCGCCCCUUCAUCCUCCGCCGCCGCCGCGGGGUCUCGCGCUCCGGCGCCGGCCGAGUGCGCCUCCUCCGGGCUCCGCCGCCGCGCGUUGGCGGCGACGGAGGAGAGCUGCCGCCGCUGGACAAGUGGGACAUGAUGGAGCUGGAUUUCGGUCGCUUCCUCGGGGAGGACCCCAAGCUUACCCUCGCAAAGAUUCUGCUUAAGAAAUCAGACCCAGAUGCCUCAUCCCUUGACGUGGAGAAACUAAUUGCCACUAGAAAGGACAAGCUAGAUGAUAUUUUGAGAGAGUUCAUGGAUGCUAAUAAGAAGGACCAGGCCUCUGAAACACCAGAAACUGGAUCCCCACUGAAUACAACGGUCCCAACAAUAAGCAAGCCAACCGAAGGCAAAAGUUCUUUGAAUAUUUCAAGGCCUGUGAUGGGCAAACCGAAGCAAGAUGGGCCUCCAUUGAUUUUACUGCGACCAGCAGGAAGCAAACCGAAACAAGAUGAGCCUUCUCUGACUCAGUUGCGACCAGUAGGAAGCAAAGGAAAGGAAGAUGAUCCUUCAUUAACCUUGUCACGGCCAGUUGGGAGCAAACCAAAAGUACGGGGCAAGCUGGUGCAAGAUAGUUGGCCUAGCAAAGAGAGUUUAGCUGCUGCAACAGAGUUGAGUGAGGUGGGGAGCAUUUCAAGAACAAAUAAUGUGGAUGUCUCUUUGCGGAAACCCACUGUGUAUCAGAGUGAAGAUGAUGAUUUGAAGUCAAAGCUAAAAAUGAAGCCAAAUAUUGAGCUGAAAAUGAGGAAAGAUAUGAACGAGGACUUAACAAACAUUUCUCUUCUUCAAAAGCCUGGUGUUGCAAAAGAUACUGCUAAUCUAGACCAGGACAAUGUCUCUGCUAGCCCUGCCUCAAUUUCUGCUGUAGAGGACAACAGUGAACUUGAGCCAGAAACAAAUGGUCUUGAUGAAAAAUCAGUGACAGAAAGGAUUCAUGAAUCAUCUGGACUUGAUGAUGAUUCUAGUGCAGGACUACAGCCAUCCGGGCAAAGUUUCAUUCAAGAAAUAAAUACUUCUGCUAAUCCAGUAGAUAACCAAUCAACCACCAGCAACAAUUUCUCUAUGCAAGCUUUCUUUCAAGGAAAACCUAAAAGGGAAGAGCUAUCUGUUGAAUCAUUGCCAUCUCAAGUUGAUUCUGAAAAGAUGAUAGCUACUGAUGAUAACAAAAGUUAUGUCGAUGACAGGGGAAAUGUCUUAGCAUCAAAAUUAGAGGACAUCACUGAGAGUGACUGGAUAAGGUUAGAGCGUUAUGCAAGUACUGGAGAAAAGGUUGAGGUGGAGCUAAUAAACUGCAGUGCGAAGGGAUUUGUGGUUUCACUUGACUCACUGAUAGGUUUCUUACCAUAUCGUAAUCUUGCUACAAAAUGGAAAUUCUUAGCUUUUGAGACUUGGUUAAGAAGGAAGGGCGGUGAUCCUUCCUUGUACAAGCAGAAUCUGGGAUUAGAGGAUGGUUUUGAGGUUCACGAUGGAAGCAAAGAAUCAGAAUCUAGCUCAGUCACAGAAGUUGCUGGCCAGGACCAAGGAUCUCUGCCAUCUAAGCCGAAGUUUGAAGAUCUUCUUCGGACAUACAACCUAGAGAAAUCCAAGUUCUUAUCUUCAUUUAUUGGUCAAAGACUCCGAGUAUCAGUUGUCCUGGCUGACAGAAAUUCCAAGAGGAUAUUUUUCUCUAUGAAGCCAAAAGAAAGUGAAGAGUUGAUCCAGAAAAAGAAAAGUCUUAUGGCUAGGCUUAACGUUGGAGAUAUUGUUCAAUGCACUAUCAAGCGAUUUGUCUACUUUGGGAUAUUUGUUGAGGUCGAAGGGGCUCCUGCAUUGAUUCAGCAGUGGGAGGUGUCGUGGGAUGAUACCUUAGAUCCAGCAGUUUCGUACAAAAUUGGUCAGGUUGUGGAUGCUAAAGUUAUUCAACUGGAUUAUAAUAAUAACCGUAUAUUUUUGUCACUUAAAGAUGCAAAGCCAAAUCCAUCAGUAGGAGCUUUAGAAGAAGUCAUUGGUGAGGAUUUAUCACUUGGUGGAGCUCUUGAACCUGUACAAGCAGAGUUCAAGUGGCCUGAGGUGGAUGCCCUUAUCGAAGAGAUGCAAAAAAUAGAGGAAGUAAGAGAUGUUUAUAAAGGACGAUUCUUCCAAAGCCCAGGGUUAGCUCCAACCUUUCAGGUAUACAUGGCACCGGUGGUUGGUCCCAAGUACAAGCUCCUCGCGAGGUAUGGAAACAACGUGCAAGAGGUGAUGGUGGAGACGACAUUGGACAAAGAAGAGUUGAAAGAGGCAAUUUUGAUGUGCACGAAUAGAGUUAGCUGAGUAGCUAGGAUCUCCAUGAUGCGCAUUUUAUGGGAGUAAUUUCUCGAGGUUGUUUGAGAACCUUUUGAUUUGUUUUGUUUUCUCUUCCUCCUAUUUUUUUGGAGGCAAAGCGUAGGUUUGUAUAGAAAUACUGUGGCUGUUUAUAGUGGCAUUCUUUUAGCA